UGAACCAAAAUUCGUUUCCCUCGAGCCGUUCGACACGUUUGGCUUGCGUGAGUGUGCGGUCACCACAAACCGCAACUGUUUUCAACCGUCUGACAUUAUGAAACGAGAAUACGAACGCAGGCGACCGCAGCUGCGGUUUUCCCCCGCCCCGAACGGUUUUAGUUCAGUAUUCGAUCGACUGUCGAGAGAGACAGUCGUGUUGCUAGACCAUUUAAAACGUAUAUUUAUUGAAAUAAUGUCGUCUACGGAAUCAGAGUCCGUUUCAUACGUAGAAUACGAGAAUUUGUCACAAAAAAUCAUCAUGGAAGUGCAGAAAAGGCCGGCUUUAUACGACACUACACUGAGACAUGAUAGGAAGACGAAAGACACGCUUUGGGAGGAAGUUUACCAACACGUGUUUAGUAAUUGGGGGACAUUGUCGAAGGCUGAGAAAAUACAAAAGGGUCACAAAGUUCAAAAGAGAUGGAAGAAUAUGCGCGAUAGUUUCGCCAACGAACUAAGUAUGCAACGCCGCAAAUCAGGCCAUGGCGUUAUCAAGAAGAGAAAAUACGUCCAUUUCGAUUCCAUGAUGUUUUUGGUACCAUCUCUACGGAAGAAGGAGACUAGCACCAAUACAGAAUCCUCCUCACAGGACAAUCCUGGUAUCGAAUCAUCAGAAACCCAAAACAUUAACAAAAGACACUCAAAAGACUUAUCGGAAACAAAUAGCAAUCGGACCUCAUUUAAAAAGGCUUCCAGAAGUUCUAAAAUGCAAAGCGACGAUGAAGCUGAUGAGCAACCAUUGCAAAGUUCCACAUUAACCUAUAAAGAGGUUUCAAAAAGCCAAAGGGACAUAGAAGAUGUACAAAGUAUGCCAAAUGUAUUAAAUACAGAGACCAAUACGAGUGAAUACGACGAGGAUAUAAACUUUUCACAAAUGAUUGUCCCAAUGUUACGCAAACUUGAUGAUGACCAAAAACAUUUCGCUAAGGUAGGAAUUUUAAAUAUCUUGCAAAAAGCCAAGUCUUUAUAACGUGGUUAAUACAACUACAGCCAUCAAUAAAUUCAUAAUCAAAGAUCCCUGAUCAAAGAAUGAAGAUUAUAAGUGUGGGAGCACCAUGCUUCGGCGCGAAUGGGCCGACUCGACCGGAGUGAUACCACGGCGCAUCACAGAAAACCGACGUAAAACAACACCUGCGUUGUGUAAAUGAGGUUAACGGAGGCCCAAUUACCUCGCUUCCCAAUCUCCCCAAUCCCCGAUUCCCUAAAACCCUUAAAUUCCUAACCCCCAAAAUGCCGGCAACCCACUUGUAACGUCUCUGGUGUUUCAAGUGUCCAUGGGCGGCGGCGAUUGCUUACCAUUGUAAAUUUGAUCCGUCUGAUCGUCUACCGACUUCUACCAUAAUAAAUGAAAAAAGGAAUGAAGAAGAUAUACCUAAAGUUUGUUUAUGUUUUGUUACAAUAUUGUUAUUAGAAUUUUGUUAUACGUACUUUUAAGAAUAAA